UUUUCCGGUGGAGGCACUCGUCACAUUUAACAAUGGCAACGGCAGCCCUCGGUAAUUUACACACCGCCCCGCCCAGCCACUGGCGAGCAGCGAAGUUCCGUGCCCGAGAAACCCGCCCCCGAGCGGAGCGAAAGGGCCGCGCGCGGUGGGCAGCGUGGUGAUUGAUAGGCCGCCAAAGCCUUUGGGAAAUGGAGCUGCUCAGCGGCGCAAGCUCCGGGAAGAAGGAACCAGCGAGCGGCCGGUCCAAGCCAAGAGCUAAUCUAGCUAGCUACUAUAGCUACUGCGCUCUCCCUACUGUAAACACUGCACGCUAGUGCUCCUGUACACUGGUCAAGCUAGCUGCUUCUGUAUACAUAAGCCCGGGCGGCCGGCCACGCAGCAGAAAGUGUAAUAGGCAGGCAGAGCUGAGAGACAGCGAGAAGCCCGUGACCGUGAGCCGCGCGCUGCUGUGGCCUGUGGCUGUGGGAGGAGGGGGAGCCAGUUUGGGCGUUUCUUCUUUCUUGGGUGCGGCCAGCCAUGGACGCCUACGAGGCCACCAAGGUGGUCUUCUCCCGGAUCCAGGCGCUGGACCCGGACCACGCCGCCAAGAUCAUGGGCUUCCUGCUCGUCCAGGACCACGGCGAGAAGGAGAUGAUACGCCUCGCCUUCGGCCCCGAGCUGCUGCUCCAGAGCGUCAUGGCCAAGGCGCGCAGGGAGCUCGGCCUGCUCCCGGCGUCCGCCGGCACCGGCUCGCCGCUCCAGCUCUCGCGGCAGAACUCCGGCCGCGGCGGCGCGCCGUCCCCUCUCUCGGUGUCCUCGCCGUCGUCGUGGGCCCAGGCGCCGGCCUUCUCGAGGAGCAAUGGCUUCGCGGAGGGCAUGGCGGGGGCUGGCGAGGAGAUGUUGAUGAGCCCGGUGAACGGCGGCGCGGCGCCGUUCUUCUCUCGUGCCGGGAACACGCCCGUGGAUGACUUCCAGCAGCAGCAGGAGGAGCUCGCGUUCCAGAGCGACGCGGGUAUGAACCCGUUCCGGACCUUCGACGGCGGGGAGUGCCGGAGCCCCGGCCCAGGCGACGGCGGCAUGUUCCCGUACGGCCUCGGCUGGGCCAACGGCGACGUCCCCGGGCACCGCCGCAGCGCGUCGGCGAACGAGGCCUGCCUCGCCGGCGACGGCUUCGGCUGGAAGCCGUGCCUGUACUACGCGCGCGGGUUCUGCAAGAACGGCAGCGGCUGCAGGUUCGUCCACGCCGGUGGCCUCCCCGACGACGACGCCUCGCUCGCCGCUGCCGCCGAGCAGCAGCAGCAGCAGUGCCAGGAUUUCCUUCUCCGUUCCAGGAGCCAGCGCCUCGGCCACACCGCCUUCCCCUACUCCCCCACGGGCUCCCUCCCCGGCUCCCCGUCCGCCGCCAGCAAGUGCCUCAGCUUCUUGCUGCAGCAACAGCACAACGACAACCAAAGAGCGGCGGCCGCGCUGAUGCUGGGCGGCGGCGACGACGCGCACAAGUUCAUGGGCCGCCCGCGCCUGGACCGCGCCGAUUUCGCCAGCAUCAUGAACCCGGGAUCGCGCCAGAUUUACCUCACCUUCCCGGCCGACAGCACCUUCCGCGAGGAGGACGUCUCCGGUUACUUCAGCAUGUACGGCCCGGUCCACGACGUGCGCAUCCCCUACCAGCAGAAGCGCAUGUUCGGCUUCGUCACCUUCAUGCACCCGGAGACGGUGCGCCUCAUCCUGGCCAAGGGCAACCCGCACUUCAUCUGCGACGCUCGCGUGCUCGUCAAGCCCUACAAGGAGAAGGGCAAGAUCCCCGACAAGUACAGGCACGCAUGCACGCUGCCAAUUAAUCUUCGCUCUGGCUUCUUGCAUUGCAUUGCAUGCAGUAAACUAACCUGGUGUGCUGUGUUGCUCCUCGCGGUUGGCAGGAAGCAAGGUGACUUCUCCGGCUGCACAACACCAACCGGGCUAGACGGCAGGGACCCAUUCGAUCUGCAUCAAUUAGGUGGGAGGAUGCUGCAGCACUCCAACAGCGCGAACGAGCUGAUGAUGCGGCGGAAGCUUGAAGACGAGCAGCAAGCUGCCGAGUUCCAGCACGCCGUUGAGCUCCAAAGCCGCCGUCUCAUGAGUCUCCAGCUGCUCGACCUGAAAUCUCGCGUCGCAGCGGCAGCCGCAGCCUCAACAGCAAUGACGCCGACAACCACCGUUGCCAAUGCCUCCACCACCACCAGCCAGCCCGGAGCAAGCACCGCGGUUGAGUCGCAGCCUGAUUCUGCAGAUCAGCAACUGAAUGGGAGCAAUUUCUGUGCCAACGAAGGAGGCAACAAGGAGGAAUCGACGGACGAUGCAAACCGCAACACAGAUAGUGACCAAAGCGGGGAUCACGACUUGCCGGAAAGCCCAUUCACAUCCUCAACCAAGUCGGCCACACUCACUCAAGACGGCGACGUCGCCGGUGAUGGCUGCAGUUCAUCCCAUAACGGCGUCUGCACCGGCGCCAAUGCAGGUGGUGGCACUAACCAUAUACUGCCCUCAGCAUUGGAUAUUCCUUCUCCGAGGCCCUACUUCUUCCCCAUGUCCAGGCUGUCCUCCGAUCACGGAGCAAUCGGGAUGUGAAACUGUCCUUCAAUGGAAAGUGAACAAUACCCAAACCUAAUCAUAGAGAAAAAAAAAGGAGUGAAGUGUCAGUGUAGUGUUAGCUUCCCUUUUUAGUGGAUAGCCCUAUUAAACCAAACCACAAGAGAAAAAUAUGCCAUUAGCCUUUUGACUAAGAAAAGCAGCAUCAGCAGCAUAAUCAGUAUUGUGAGACACAUAUAUAUAAUAUACAAGUAAUCCAGUGUUACCUCUAAUUAUAUUAGAUAGUAUUAGCAGUUACCACACAAUUGAUGCUACCAAGUGCAUCCAUUUACUACUGCAAACCAUCAGUUGUAGAGCCGUCUGUAGGUUUACACUACUAAAUGUGAGGUUAAUCCAGAAGGGCUAGUACCAGCCAGAAGGUCACAUGUUGCAUUAGUACAAGAAGCUGCAAGCCUGCAACGAGGACCAUGUCUUGUAUCCAAGGGCAGCCCGGGAGACUUGGAGAAACAUCGCAUGGCCAUGGCAGAUGAUCUCUGGAGUAUUUUACCAGUGCAAUAUCGCCUGCUCAAACUGGCCAUUGUUGUUCUACCUUGAGAACAGUGAGAUCGCAUACAUAUCAGACUCGUUAACCUUGUUGCCCACCGUAGCAGAAGCUGGUUGACAAGUAAAAGGACACCUCUUAGUACUAGUUAUCCUUUUAUUUUGAUUUUGUUUGAUGAAUCUACUAUAAUAGUCACGGUUCUGAAGAAAAUUAUCCUAGUGAUUUACCACUGUUACUCUGCAUUCAUGAAUUGAGCUGUGGAGGUUGUUGAGCGUAGCGACAUUUGAGAAUGUGCUUGCAAGGCAGAUUGUUUGUGUUGCGCAUUUGUAAAUGCGUUUGCAAGGCAGAUUGUUUGUGUUGCGCAAUAUGUACACACUGUCUUUGUAAUUGAUGCAUCUUGAUGACCACUUGUUGCA